AUGGAAGGUGGUGAUAUUAGCAGUGAUGGAGAGCUAAAUAUAAGUAGUGUGAUGGAGGCUAGACGCAAGGAAAGAAAAUCUUAUGGCAGAAUAAGGGACGUUAAAAAGAAAAUGAGGGUCCAAAGUCAUGAAAUGGGUCCUGACUGUUCGACUGAUGCCCAAAAUGUAUAUCUCUGUGGAUUAAUAGCAGUACUUCCUGUUCAACGUAAGACUUUAAAAGAAGGCGCUAAACACUGUGGUGCAUCCUAUACGUACAGGAUUCGGGCUCUUGUAGGAGAGAACACAAAGAAAUUUAAUGUGUGCCGUAAAGCAUUUAUUGCUAUUCAUGGCAUAUCAAAAAAGAAAGUGGAAAUCUUGGUAUCAAGCUUAAAGGAAACAGGAUAUGCUCCGCAGGAUAAACGAGAAUCCGAAGGGAAAAAGGGUUCCGAUGAUGUGUGCUCACUGCUUCAUAACUUCAUAUAUAGCCAUCUUGAUCCAGAAGUGAAUCAUAUGAAAAUAUUUUGUGACUCUUGCAGUGGUGAACAAAAGAAUUUCACUUUUUUUCGUUUUCUGCACAACCUAGUUAACAAUGAGAAAAGGUUAGAAUCCGUUGUUGUCACAUUUCCUAUUCAAGGACAAUCAUAUAUGGAAUGUGAUAAGAAUUUUGGUCUUGUUAACCAAAAAUCGAGAGCAGAAGUUCCCGAAGACUGGUUGCAAAUAUUGGAGGAUGCCCGCCAUUCGCCAACUCCAUUCAACGUUAUCAAUGUGAAUCACACAUUAUUCCGUAGUUGGACAAAAUUUCUCGACAAUAGUUACCUUAAAAAGUCGCCAUUUCCAUCUAGGCCAAUCAGACAAAUCUACAUACAGAGAGGAGCUCUUCUACAAUAUCGCACCACAUACAAUGUGGCUUGGGAGUCAGCUUUAUUGCAAGGAAAACGCCGCAAAUCCUUAAGGCUACCUGUUUGUCACCUCAAGAAUAACGAAUUUAGGCUACCUGAGUAUAGCUAUGAAGGACAGCUUCCAGUAUAUGCUGAGAAGUUUCGCGAUAUUCAGCAUUUGAAAAAGUUUUACAGCCGAGCAGCGCAAGAAUUUUUUGCAAAUUUGCCGCACCAAUAA